CGCCCACCAUGCCCUGACAUGAGAAGCUUCGCCGCCCCGCUGUUGACUCGUCCCGGUGCACAUGUCGCCAACCCGGGGCUCUUUUGGGCAUGCACUCCUCCAGACGGCCUGCACGGCGACGCGCCCCAGAGCCCGGGGGAGCUUCCUGGAAUCUGCCAUGGACGCUGUUGCUGUGUCUGUGUGCUUGGGCGAUGCCCGCGCAUGGCAUGGCAGAUGAGACAGUGGCAAGCCUGAGACAAGAGACGAUAGACAUCUUCUACCAUGGCUUCGACGGCUACAUGAAAUACGCCUUUCCCGAAGACGAACUGCGCCCGCUCAGUUGCACGCCUCUUACACGCGACCGCCACGAUCCUUCGCACAUCGAGGUCAAUGAUGUCUUGGGCAACUACUCGUUGACGCUGAUCGACAGCUUGUCGACACUUGCGAUUCUCGCUUCUUCACCCCCACCAGCGAAGCGGGGGCGGAACAGACCUCUGGAUGAUUUUCAGGAUGGGAUCAAGGCAUUGGUCGAGAACUACGGAGACGGCUCCGAGGGUCCGAGUGGCCAAGGGAAAAGAGCGCGGGGCUUUGAUCUGGACAGCAAGGUGCAGGUCUUCGAGACAGUCAUCCGGGGUGUAGGCGGACUACUCAGCGCGCACCAGUUUGCGGUUGGCGAUCUGCCCAUUCGCGGAUACGACCCAGUAGUGCAGACUAAGAAGGGAAGAGAAGGCAUAUUUUGGUCCAACAAGUUCGUGUACGAUGGACAGCUGCUACGACUAGCCACGGACCUCGCCGCACGACUUAUGCCUGCUUUCCAUACGCCGACUGGACUUCCAUAUCCGCGCGUAAACCUUCGCCACGGCGUGCCUUUCUACGCUAAUUCCCCAUACAACAACGACGCAGAACACGGCCAAUGCGACAAGGACCGAAAAGAGCAAGGCACAGAGGUCACCGAGACAUGCAGUGCUGGUGCUGGCAGCCUCGUUCUGGAAUUCACCACCCUUUCUCGCCUCACUGGCGACUCGCGCUUUGAAAACGCAGCCAAAGACGCCUUCUGGGCUGUCUGGUCCCGCCGCAGCACCAUCGGUCUAAUUGGAGCUGGCAUCGAUGCGGAAACAGGCCAAUGGAUAUCGCCCUAUACUGGUGUCGGCGCAGGCAUUGACAGCUUCUUUGAAUACGCUUUGAAAUCGCACAUUUUGCUCUCGGGAUUGCCCUACGACGAAAAACACGCCCAUCUCGAUUCACCGGACGCUUUCCUCCGGACAUGGCAGGACGCGCAUGGUGCCAUCAAGAGACAGAUUUACCGCGGACCACAGCACCAACACCCGCAUUAUUUCCAAGUUGACCUGUACACUGGUGCUAUGCGUGCCUUCUGGAUUGACAGUCUGAGCAUGUUCUAUCAGGGUCUCUUGGCCAUGGCCGGGGAGCUAGACGAAGCAAUUGAGACUCAUCUACUACACACCGCCCUAUGGACCCGUUAUUCUGCAAUGCCUGAAAGAUGGUCGACAGCAACUGGAAAUAUAGAGAGUGGACUGCGGUGGUGGCCUGGACGCCCUGAAUUCAUAGAGUCCAACUGGUACCUUUAUCGUGCCACCCAGGAUCCUUGGUAUUUGUACGUUGCCGAAAUGAUACAACGCGACAUCAAACGACGUUGCUGGACAAAGUGCGGUUGGGCUGGUCUGCACGACGUUCGCAGUGGAGAGUUGAGUGACCGCAUGGAAAGUUUCUUCUUGGGAGAAACCGCCAAGUAUCUCUUCCUCACCUUUGAUCCGUCGCAUCCACUCAACACAUGGGAUGCGCCUUUUGUCUUCACGACUGAAGGACAUCCGUUGAUCAUUCCUAAGCGCUUGCGACCAACGAGCUCUGCCAAACACACGAAGCCAGACCCGGGACAGCAGCCUACGCUUGGUGUAUGCCCUCUCCCACCACGGCAUCUUCCAUUCAGCGUUUCCCCGACUGCCGCCCGACCAGACGUUUUCCAUGCCGCGAGUCUGGCUCGGCUCCAUCAAAUGCCCACAAGGGAAACACUCGACUCGCCGUUGAUAGAGUUUAGUGCGGAUCAUCCAAGCAUCUCCGCUUCUGACAUACAAUCACCCUCGAACUACACCUACUACCCAUGGACUCUCCCUCCCGAGCUCAUUCCUCAUAAUGCUACAAGCUCGAAAAUGACUGUUCGCGCUACCUUCGACCUUUCAUUUCCAAGUCUACCGAGUAGCUCGCAGUCUGGGAUAAUGCAGCGUGUAAAUGAAGGCAUCCUGGUUAACUCGAUGAGUGGGGUACGCUUAGGUAUGGUUCGAGAGCCCGAGGCAUUUCCGCUCGAGCAACACAUCGCCAUGGACGAGCAGUUCCGGAUCUACGCCAUUUCCAACGUAGCCCUGGGUCGUGACGAAAAGGUGUAUAUGUCUCGUUCGACGAUCGAUAGUUUCAACCCAACAGAUCCCUUCUUUACCCGCACUCGCGACGCAGCAGCUGUGGAUCUUGUAAUCGACGUUCCGCCGGCACCUGCAAUUACGCCUUCCUCGACAAUACUCUCAGACCUGCUCUCCGAUUCUAUUGAUGGAAUGGACAACAUAUCGAACAUGGAGGUCAUUGGAUUGGACGUCGAUCAAGAGCAGCUUGAGAAUGGCGAAUCAUACCUGUCAUCCCUUCUACACUCUCUCCAGUCACUGCUGGCGGCAACUUCUUCAACUUCACCACCCUCCGCUUCCGGUACCCAGAAGCCUCAGACAACCGAACGCUUGGCCAUACAAGGCACGUUGCCUCUCGGCCCCGGCUCGGUUCCAUUGCCAGACGUCCCAGAUCCAGAUCUUUCCUACAGCAAAACAAACGUACUCAGUUGGUCGACAAUCUACAUCCACCCGAACACCUUGUGCGACGAACGCCUACCGAUCGAAAUCCCAAAGCGCCACCAGAUAAUUGUCAUUCCACGAGGCGGCUGUUCGUUCUCGGCUAAACUAAGGAACAUACCGGCGUUCCCACCCAGCAGCUCGAGCUUGCAGAUGGUCGUAAUCGUGAGCUUUCCAGAGCAUGAGGAACCGCAGUACACAUUUGAGACCUCAAACAAGCCGCAAGAUGAGGAAGUUGCACCAGAGCGAAACACAGCCGAACCAAGCCACGGCAUCAAGAAGCGCACCCACGAGAACAAAGCUUCACCCCCCGCCAAAGUCGACAAGGUGGCUAAAGACAGCAAGCCCGUACCUGAACAUGGCUCGCAGCCGCGCUCAAAAAUGUCGUCGUCAAAGAAGAAAACGCAGUCGUCAUCUUCGUCGGACUCACAGGUCCUUUACAACCUCGUUCAGCCCCUCCUCGACGAAACGCAGUACACGCCCUCGGGCAUCCCGCGUCCGCAUCCUAUCCCGCUCGUCAUGGUGGGAGGCGGUGACGAGACGAUGGCGGCACUUCAGAGGGCGACGGCCGUGGGGGUUCGACGCAGGUAUUACUUCCUCAGUCAGGGGUUGAGGAUUAGCAACUUGAUUGUGCUGUGAAAGGUGGGAAUGUAGUUUGGAGUGCGUUGUUGAUUGGGAUGAGAAGGUUGUGGGAAGGAAUGACGUAUCGGUUGAGAGUUGAGUUCUGGUUGCAUAUAGAGGCAUUAGACGGCCGUGGGCGUAUGCAGGCGUUUUCGGGAAGCGUAUAUACCUCGUCUUUCGGGAUCACAUACAUUUUUUGAUUCCCUUGUUUCGUUGUACGGUCUCAAAAGGACAUCCCCGCGUGGGCAACGCAUGCUUGUCGCGUGCGAGGCCAGGCUGAGUGUACUCCGUGUGAUGAAAUGCCUCCGACAGCCCAUCGGGAUGACUGACAGAUCACGCUGAC